GUUCAGCAGCAAGCGUCACUUGCUCAGACUACGACAGAACCUCGCACCUUCGCAUAGCAACGACAUGGUCUUCGGGCGGACGUCUAGCCACUGUGGACUUGGCUGGAGGGAAAGUGCUUUCCUUCGGGCCAAAAACAAUCACUCCAUCCCUCCCGAAGAUCAAGGUCAAGCCGUAAAAAACGCAAUGACGAACUUGGAGACCCUAAAUGAUCAAUGGAGUCGCCAUCUGGAUACUUGCGAUAAUGACAGCCUAGUCUUGGAAUUACUUCAGACGUACAAAGAAAUACUUGAAGCGAGGAUUGCUGCGUGUCUUGCGCAACGUAACCAACACGAGGAUGCUGGAAGAAAGGCAAACGAGCUUACGGAAAACCGGCCCCUGACGCCAGAUAGUGAGGUUUGGGGCAGAACGAGUUACUGUUCUUGGAUGGAAACGUGGGAGAGCACCGUGAUGUUACAGUUAUUGCUGCAUAGGCAGAUGGCGUCAAUAGCGGUCCAGCUGGCACCCUUUGCUUUGGAGUCUCCUCGAAAUUUGGUUAUAACAGACAUGCAGGCCACCGUUAACCGCAUGAUUAUAGAACCCCUCAUAGCGGCAGGUACAGGGCGGUCGGCUCCAAAUCCGGCCAACACCUGGUACGCCGAAAUGUUGGUGCCUUUUUACAACGCUAGUUUUGGCCUCUUGGCCGGUAGCACUAUGGCUAAUGAUAGCACUAUGGUCUACUGCCAAGUCACGGGAUAUCCAUACGAUGCACAAAUAGUACCGGCUCUUCAAAUAGCAGAGCUAGAUUGUAACUAUUUAUUGGGGAAACCACUGAGUACCUAUCAGCCAACGGACUUGGAAAACCACCUUCUCGUAAACGCCCUGUUCGCAAGAGGCCUGGAGGAGAGCAUACUUGCCAUCGUUCCCGUCGUUCCUUCAUCAGAGACGUCCACAACCACCUGGCGCCUUGCCGUUGUGGAUGAGGAUCAACGAAAUAUCAUUGCCGGAAAACUCGUCCAUCUAGACAACGCCGCAACAUGGGGAAGAUGGGACGGUCAAUGGUUACAAUUCCGGAACAUUUGUCGCCCCUCAGCAGAGCGGUUGUACGCACGCUUCGUCUACACUGUUAUCAAACUGAGGAUAAAGCAAGAUCGUGCCCCUCCACCGCCAGGUUGGUACAAGUAUAUCAAAAGCCUUUGGCCAUCUCCACGUCCUUGGGUGAACACGUCGCUUAUUAUGAAGAUCGCUUUGGCAAUCGGGGACACAUAUGUGCUCCCAUCUUUGUUGCGAAACGAAACUUUUCAGUUUGUCCAACCUACUUUGAGCUGGGAAGAGGAGCAUGACUUGGCGAAGGACCUGGCUUAUACGUUGAAACAAGACGUGUAUUAG